CGCAGCUUCUUCCUUGACAGAGCUGGCUAGGAUAAUAAAUCAAGUUCUCUACGAAUCGCAUAACGUUCCGGGAACCGAUCGUGAAAAAAAGCAAGUCCCAAACGUUCGUCAUUCUGUAAAAGUCGGCUGAUAUUGCGCAGUAAGUGAGGAGCUUCGAUGGAAGAAAUUCCAUAAAGGAAGAACUUUCGUCAGCUAUAAAUGCUCAACUCGUCAAGACUGUUCUUAUUGAGCUGCGCAAAUUUGGCUGUGUUUGUAUUAGCGCAACCUCUGCUCCACAAUCUACAUCGCACCCCUAUUUCAUCUGAUAACUUUGAACGGGUGCAACAUUUUCUUUUAUUUUAUUGUGUUGUGUAUUAUUAAAUUGUAAGCUUUGUACACGACAAAUCACCCACCUGUACCUCUAAUACUCCCUGUAUUUUAUUUGUGUAACUGGAGAAAGAGCGUGUUAAUAUUUGUGAAGCAAUUUCUUGUCUCAGAAGAAAAGUUUAAGGAAUCACUUUUUACAUCCAAUCUUCUCACGAUUUUACAAGUUUAAAAUUACUUCUUCUUAGAGCAUGGCAAAAAACGUUUUCUCCGUUGCCGUCUUCUUCAUUGUUUUGCGCGAGACGCUUGAGGCAGCCAUUAUCGUUUCAGUACUUCUCUCCUUCAUUAAACAAACACUUGCCGAUGAAAAUGGAAAGAUCACUGAUAGGAAAUUAUUCCGUAAGCUCUUCCUGCAUGUCUGGCUUGGUUCCGCCGUUGCAUUUCUCAUUUGCUUAGCCAUUGGCGGCGGUUUCAUCGGUGCAUUCUAUGCCUUGCAAAAAGAUUUGUGGGGAAGUUCAGAAGAAAUUUGGGAAGGAGUCUUUUCUCUCAUUGCCGUUAUUUUAAUUUCAAUUAUGGGUGUCGCUAUGUUGCGUGUAUCACACUUACAAGAGAAAUGGCGCAAGAAGCUUAUGAACAGUUUGGCAAAUGAAAAAGCAAAGGGUAUAAAAGGCUGGACAAAGAAAUAUUCCAUGUUUCUUUUGCCGUUCGUCACUGUACUCCGUGAAGGAUUAGAGGUUGUUGUCUUCGUUGGAGGCGUCGGCUUAUCUACCCCUGCAACAGCAUUCCCCUUAGCUGUAUUCUGCGGUUUGUUAGUUGGUGCUGCAAUUGGUUACUUUAUCUACAAAGGUGGUAAUGUGAUGAACUUGCAAUGGUUCUUAAUUGCUUCAACGUGUAUCCUUUAUCUCAUUGCCGCUGGACUCAUGUCAAAAGCCGUGUACUAUUUUGAAAUGUAUCAAUGGAACAAAUUGACUGGAGGUGAUGCCUCAGAACAGGGCAGUGGCCCUGGUUCUUACGACUUCCGCCAUGCCAUCUGGCACGUUAACUACGGCAAUCCAGAGCUUAACGACAAUGGUGGAUGGAUGAUUUUUAACGCUAUCUUUGGUUGGAAUAAUACAGGUACUUACGGUAAUAUUCUUAGCUAUAUCUUUUAUUGGGUUAUUCUUGCCAUCGUUCUUUUCUACCUUUCUUGGCGUGAACGGCGCAACAGAAAACGUGCCGCAGACAACGAGGAAGUUGUCGGCACAACAGGAACCUCAAGUGACUCAAGCCCAGGAGUGUUCGUCUCGGAGAAGAAGAAGGAAGAUAUUUCUGACGAAGGCAGUAUGACCAUUGUUCGCAUUGAGCAGCAAGCUAUCACUCAUGGUAGCGGUGAAGAAAUUGUUGACAAGCAAACCGACAAAGUGGGUGAAACGUUCACUGUUGUAAAGAGACAGACGUCUAAUUGAUCUUCGCUCAAAUGGUCCCAAAGAGGAAAUCUAACGUGCUUUGCUUUAGGCGAAACUCGCACUUUCUAAUACGUUUCGUACAUUUAUUUUAC